UUGACUGAGGGAACAUUUCAUUUUACUCACCCCCACCUCACACCGAACACUGAUUAAAUUAAAGCUCCUGCUCCGUGCUCCAAAUGACCUCCAAUCUGCUGCUCGCCGUGAUGCUGAUGCUGGUGCUGCUGCUGCCCAUGGCUGCCGGGUACAACUACUGCAACAACAGCACCCAUUUGUGCGAGCUGGCCAAGGUGAGGCACUUCAUGUGCCGGCUGGCGGAGAUGACGCCCUACGGAGGGCGGACCAAGUACCACGCCUGCAUACCGGACACCCCGAAGGUGCGCAAGGAAGUGCUGGGCGUGAUCAACACCUUCCGGAACAUGAUCGCCGGCGGGGAACUGGACCUGGGGAACAAAACGUUCCCGAGCGCCACGCGGAUGAGAGUGGUCAUGUGGGACAGUGAGCUGGCUUACAUGGCACGCACCCACGCCGCCACCGUGUCCUUCAUGCACACCGAAUGCCGCUCUACCGUGCGAUUCCCGCUGGCCGGUGAGAUCCUGGUCCUGUCGCCUCCUUUCGCGCACAAGCUCAGUCUGUCGGAGCUGCUGGGCUUAGUCUUCGGCCAGGUUUUCGACGAGCACAAGACUAUUAAGGAUCCGCAAAAUUUCUCCAGCGUCUUCAAUUCCGAUAUAGACUACAAGGCGGGGCACUUCUCCCUCCUGGUCAACGAUCGGAUGUCUCGAGUGGGUUGUGGUAUCUCCGUGGGUUCCAACUGCGAAAAGGACGGCCAAGUCGGCUUCUGCUACUUCCUCACCUGCCACUUCGAUUACACGAACAUAAAUAAAUACGUUGUCUAUAAGACGGGAAAAUCUGCCACUGGCUGCAGCGACUGGAAGAGCACUGCCAGCAUCAAGUAUGCGAAUCUUUGCGCAAACACUGGCGAAAUCUUUCCCCUGGAUAAAGGCCUUUAAUUUCCCGAACUCAUUGAAAAUUCGUUACAGACUGCCGUUCAUUUUAACGCAUCCUUCUAAACCAUUUAACGAAAUUUAGAUAUUCAAGGACCCUCGUGCAAUCAAAAGUCCUUUUCCUUUUACAUC